AUGCCGUACAAUGCUCAAUGCUAUGGUAUCUCAGUUGCUCUACCCUUUCACAUGGUUUCCUCCGAGCACCUAUCGUCGGCGUACGUCUCUGACGGCCCGUACUAUAAGAGUGAACACGCAUCAUCGCAAGGUCAAAACGUCUCGUACGCAUCCUAUUCAACGAUUGCAUCGAACAAGACCUCAGAAAGCAUGCUCGACUACCAAAGCCAGUCGCUCCCUCCGGCUUCGGUCCCGAGCAUCCCGAAUUACGUUGUGGGUAGCCACAACCCAACAGAUGUGAAUAUGGGAUCAUCCGGCGGAGCAUCGUUCACCACACCUACAGGAGACCCCUUUGGACUUCCUUUUUACCAAACCAUAUCCCAAGAGCCUAGAUCUAUCGGCACUUCAGAUACUUAUCACCAUCCCUAUCCCUCGGGGUACGGGGCAGCGACGCUUAGUCCGCGCGUUCCACCAUCGGGGGCGUCGGCCGGUUCUAGUCACAAGAAGAGCAGCAAGCAGUCGUCACGGCCGCGGAAGUCUAAACAGCCCCAGGUGCUGUCACCGGGAAGCACGUCGUCAGCGUCAAACUCGGGCAAGUCCCGACUCCGCAGCGCUUCCCGCACGAGCAAAAACACGCACCACAACCCGCCGGCCUCGGCCGAGGAGCAGAAGAGCCGCGAGACGCACAACCAGGUGGAGAAGCAGUACCGUAACCGGCUCAACGCCCACUUCGAAAGCCUGCUCAAUGCCCUGCCGGAGACCAUGCAGGCCGGCGAGGGCGAGGGCGAGGGCGACGGGGAGGCGCUCGACGUGACCGACCGCAGGGUCAGCAAAGCAGAAGUGCUGGACAUGGCCCGGCGCCAUAUCCAGGCUUUGGAGCGCGAGUGCGCCGCCCUCGAAGGCGAAAGAGACGAGCUCCGGAAUAACAUGGAGAGGUUACGGUGGCUGUUCGGGCGGUGCGAGGGCCCUGACGGAUUCAACGAGCAACUGAACUUACCGGGCGCGGGAGGCCUAACUUGAGAAUUACAACCGAAAUAGGGGGAGGGGCGAAAGGAACCACAAUUUUUUUUGGGAUCAGAUCAUGCAUUUUUCUACACCCACCCAAAUUUUUUUCUUCUUUUUUUUCUUUUUUAAUGCUUUGUACUACUAGAUCGGCUUACGGAGUUAAAGGCUGAGGAGG